AUGGAAAAACAAGGUCUAGGGUGUGGACUGGAGAUGGCGGCGUUGGAUGAUAUCAUUAACAGGUUGUUGGAUUUCAGGAGCAGAAGCGCGCAGGAGCAGUUCCUGCUCACCGAGGCUGAGAUCAGCCAGCUCUGCCUUGCCUCUCGCGACGUCUUCCUUGAACAGUCCAAUCUCCUUGAGCUCGAAGGCCACCUCAAGAUCUUAGGUGACAUUCAUGGGCAGUAUUCUGAUCUUCUGAGGUUUUUUGAACUUGGAGGUUUCCCUCCUCAUGCCAAUUAUGUAUUUCUUGGAAAUUACGUGGAUCAUGGCAAGCAAAGUCUGGAGACAAUCUGCCUUCUGCUGGCCUACAAAAUUAAGUUCCCUGAGAAUUUCUUCCUUUUACGUGGAAAUCAUGAGUGUGCAUCCAUGAAUCGGAUAUAUGGAUUUUAUGAUGAAUGUAAACGCCGCAUGACAGUUACUGUUUGGAAGAAGUUCAUUGAUUGUUUCAACUGUCUUCCAGUGGCCGCUGUCAUAGAGAGCAACAUACUAUGCAUGCAUGGUGGCCUUUCCCCCAAGUUAAAAAAUUUGAAUCAAAUUAGAGGCUUGCAGCGCCCAAGUGAAGUUCCAUAUCGUGGUCUCCUCCACGAUUUGCUUUGGUCAGAUCCUGAUAAGGAUGUCAAAGGCUGGGGAAUGAAAGAUCAAGGCACUUCAUAUACCUUUGGCCCAGAUAGAUUGUCUAAAUUCUUGAAAAAGCAUGAUCUGGACCUUCUUUGUCGUGGCCACCAGGUUGUUGAAGAUGGGUAUGAAUUCUUUGCCGAUGGAGAACUGGUGACUAUAUUUUCUGCUCCUAAUUUUUGCAGUGAACGUGACAACGUUGGUGCAAUGAUGAAUGUAGAUGAAAACUUAGUGUGCUCAUUUCAAGUUCUUAAACCUGCUGAUAGAGCAGCUAAUUCAUCGGACAAUGAUGGAACGAUUGCUGUCACAUCACCUCCAAAAUUGCAAUCCUAUCCUCGUGAGAACUGGCUUGGUAAGAUCAGGUCAGUUCGGCUCCUGGGGUUGGACUGGCCGGUUGCACACCCGUACAUAAUAGUAAAGGGAUCGGCUGUUUUUCACAAGACAAACUUCAGAAAAGCCCAUGCUGAAUUGUCAGGAGCAUCAUUUGUGCGAAGAGAUUUCAAAGCUACUAGUAUCCUGGUGAGGUUAUAG